AUGUCGGCGGCGGCCGUAGACACCGACAGCAGCAGCACCGCCCACGGCGGCGGUGGUCACGUUUCGAAUUUCGGCUCGGUUUCGAGUCUUGUUCAGUUUUGGUUCGAGUUUCGGUUUGUUUCGACUCACGCGGGAUGUCCUAUACAAGCUGUUAGUGAGUGUGGUUAUGGUAGUGGUGAUGAUGGCAGUGGCGGUGGUUGUGGCAGCGGUGGUUACGGAGAAGUGGGGUGGAUAGAUGGUGGUAAUGGCGAGGGUGGUGAUGACAGCGGUGGUGGUGGUUGUGGCGGGGGUGGUGAUGGCGACGACCGUACCAAAUAG